AUGUCGGACAACAACCAGUACAACCCCGACAAAUUGGCGCAGGAUUUUUCGCAGACCAACGUCAACGACGGAUACAACGCCAAGUCCCAGACGUUCGUUCCUCAGGGCCAGUACAAUCAGUAUCAGAACUACCAGGACCAAUAUAACCAGUACAACCAGGGAUACCAAGGCCAAAACCAAGGAUACCAGGGCCAAAACCAGGGAUACCAGGGAUACCAGGGUCAGUACAACAACCAGUACAACAACCAGUACAACAAUCAGUACAAUAACCAGUACAACAACCAAUACGGUGGCUACAACCAAAACAACUACUAUAACCAAUAUGGAUACCAGCAGGAGCAGCAGCCACAGCAGCAGGGAAUGUCUUUGGCUGACUACCAGAAACAACAGGCCGCUGCCCUGUCUUCGUUGAACAAGCCCAAGAAGACAUUGAAAUUGGCUGGAUCUUCCAACAUCAAGUUGGCCAAUGCCACCAAGGUUGUGAAGAAGGAGGAAGAGAAGAAGGAAGACAAGGAGGAAAACAAGAAGGAGGAGAAGACUGAGGAGAAAAAGGAGGAAAAGAUUGAGGCUAAACCAGCAGUGAAGAUCGAGCCUAAGGUCGAGACCAAGCCAGGUAAGGAAGCCUCUCCAGCACCUGCCAGCAAGCCAGUGGCCAAGGCCAAGGCUGCUGCUUUGGCUAAGACUUCUUCGACUUCUUCCACCAAGGAGUCUACCCCUGUCGCUUCUGUGGAUGCAUUGAUCAAGGAGCAGGAAGACGAAGUCGACGAGGAGGUUGUCAAGGACUUGUUUGGAGGUAAGGAGCACCUUUCUAUCAUCUUCAUGGGUCACGUCGAUGCCGGAAAGUCCACCAUGGGUGGUAACAUCUUGUACUUGACUGGAGCUGUGGACAAGCGUACUGUGGAGAAGUACGAGAGAGAGGCCAAGGACGCAGGUAGACAGGGUUGGUACUUGUCGUGGGUUAUGGAUACCAACAAGGAGGAGAGAAACGACGGUAAGACCAUUGAGGUCGGAAAGGCCUGUUUCGAGACUGACAAGAGAAGAUACACCAUUUUGGACGCUCCUGGCCACAAGAUGUACGUUUCCGAGAUGAUUGGUGGUGCCUCGCAAGCCGACGUCGGUAUUUUGGUGAUUUCCGCUAGAAAGGGUGAGUACGAGACUGGUUUCGAGAAGGGCGGUCAAACCAGAGAGCACGCUCUCUUGGCCAAGACCCAAGGUGUCAACAAGAUCAUCGUCGUGGUCAACAAAAUGGACGACCCAACCGUUGGAUGGUCCGAGGACCGUUACAAGGACUGUACCUCUAAGUUGGGACUUUUCUUAAAGGGUAUCGGUUAUUCUAAGGAGGACGUUAUUUUCAUGCCUGUUUCUGGUUUUACCGGAGCCGGUUUGAAGGAGAGAGUUCCCAAGAAAGACUGUCCAUGGUACGAUGGCCCAGCCUUGUUAGAGUUCUUGGAUGACAUGAAAAUCGCCAACCGUCACAUCAACUCUCCAUUCAUGUUACCAGUUUCUGGAAAGAUGAAGGACAUGGGUACCAUUGUGGAAGGUAAGGUUGAGUCCGGACACAUCAAGAAGGGUGCCAACUUAUUGAUGAUGCCUAACAAGGCCAAUGUCGAGGUGGUGGCUAUCUACAACGAGUCCGAGCAGGAGUGUGAGGGUGCCUACAGUGGAGAGCAGAUCAGAUUGAAGAUCAAGGGUGUUGAAGAGGAAGAUGUCCAGCAAGGUUACGUUUUGACUUCUUUGAAGAAUCCCGUCAAGACCGUGACUCGUUUCGAGGCUCAGAUCGCCAUCGUCGAAUUGAGAUCGAUCUUGUCUAACGGUUUCUCUUGUGUGAUGCACUUGCAUACCGCCAUUGAGGAGGUGAAGUUUGUGGAGUUGAAGCAUAAGUUGGAGAAGGGUACCAACAGAAAGUCCAAGAAGCCACCUGCGUUCGCUAAGAAGGGUAUGAAGAUUAUUGCUGUCUUGGAGACCAACGAGCCUAUCUGUGCCGAGACCUACAACGACUACCAGCAGUUGGGUAGAUUCACCUUGAGAGACCAGGGUGUCACCAUUGCCAUUGGUAAGAUCACCAAGUUGUUGUAA